AUGGCGGAAGAUCUGGUGCUCGACACGGCGAUCAGAGACUGGGUUCUAAUUCCUUUAUCAGUAGUGAUGGUACUCAUCGGCAUCCUCCGCUACUUCGUCUCUAAACUCAUGCGCUCCUCUCAAGUUCCCGAUCCCAAAAUCGUCAAAGAAGGUCAGGUGAUUCUUAGGGCGCGCAAUUUACGUGCCGGCGCCAAUUUCAUCCCUGCCAAGUCGUUUCGUGCUCGUAGGGUUUAUUUCAGUAACGAGGAAAAUGGGUUAUUGUAUGUUCCAAGAGGGCAGGCUCAAAAUCCGCAAGCACAAAUGUUUUCUGAUCCCAACAUGGCUAUGGAUAUGAUGAAGAAAAAUCUGUCUAUGAUCAUACCCCAGACACUUACUUUUGCUUGGGUCAACUUUUUCUUCUCUGGGUUUGUUGCAGCCAAGAUACCAUUCCCACUGACUCAGAGGUUCAGGUCAAUGUUACAGAAUGGGAUUGACUUGAGCACUGUUGAUGUUAGCUAUGUCAGUAGUCGAUCAUGGUAUUUCCUCAAUUUGUUUGGAUUAAGGGGUUUGUUUAGCCUCAUUCUUGGAGAAGAAAAUGCUACUGAUGAUACACAGCGGAUGAUGCAAAUGAGUGGGUUUGGUUUUGAUCCCUCAAAGAGCUUGGGUGCUGAGAAAGACGGUCUUGACAUCCUUCAGCAUGAAUGGGCUCUACCGAAAUUUGAGCAGCGUGCUGAAACAGUUUUGAGAAAUCUUGUUAGAUGAACAGUCCUGAGUGGUCCUCAAAUGAAUUUUAAUCCAUUAUCAAUGGAUCUAUAGCAGUAGCUGUGGAGUCAGGCAAGACCUGAUGCUUAUAGUUACUGAAAGAAACCAUUGUUGUAAUUCUAAACUUACUUUCAAGUUUAAUUAAUAUCACUGAAGAAAUUUUCCAGAUUGCUAGUUGUAUCAUCAUGUUUUGUGAAAUCGUACAUCUUUUUAUUUUUCCA